AUGUCGCUCGAACUCUUUGACGUGCCCGAUGUGGAUUAUCGGUACGAAGCCUCUCGGGAGGUGGAGUUUCAACCCGCCUUGACGGGCAUCCAACCCAUCACCUUCUCCAUUCCAGGCUCCGACGAUUAUUACGAUACCAAUUCUCUCCGCUUCAAAGUCAAAGUGCGCCUGACCAAUCCAGCAGCUGGGUAUACAGGACUGGAUGCUGGUCUGCUCAUUUCCGAUGCCAACGAAAGCAGACAUGUCUACUGCGUCAACAAUUUCGGUCACACCAUCUUUCGAGAUAUGACCCUGAGCAUGAAUGGCGUCCUCAUGACCGAACAGAGCAACACCUACCAUUACAGAGCCUACCUAGAAACCCUACUGAAUUACAACCGAGAGGAAGGAGCCACCAAGCUAGCCCCCCAAGGAUGGGUUAAUCAGCUCAAUGUGAUUGCAGAAAUGGGAGCCACAGCCGCCAAUUCCGAUGUCCCUGUUGCCGCGAAUUGGAGUGGGAAUACAGAAUUGCGAGCCCUGACCAGCCGGUUGCUAGAAGAACAUUGGCACACCUUCAUCGUGCGUCCCCAUUUGCCACCCCUCAAGACAGGCAAAUUGUUGGUUCCCAAUAUCCAGAUGGACAUUGAGCUCUUGACUACCAAGAAAUUUCCAGCCAUUCAUAAUGACGACAUCAAAGUCACCUUGUUGAUGAGAAAAGUGACCCUGAAUGCCAGUGUCUAUGUCAGACUGCAGAAAGAAAGACAGCUGGGCAAACAGAUUGCCCGCUACCCUGUCGUACGGAGUGAAAUUCGCACGUUUUCCUUUGAUGGACGCACCACCCAGUGGGAACAAGACAAUGUGUUUGUAGGUCGAUUUCCUGACCGAGUGAUGGUGGGGUUAUUGCAUUCCAACACCUUCAAUGGAGACCUACAAAGAUACCCUUUUGCCUUUGAAAAGUUUGGGGUCACCCAAGUACGACAGACCUUGAAUGGAGAAGAAUACCCUUACAGAACCCUGCAAUUGACAGGAGGAGAAGCCUAUGAAGAUUUGCUGGGCUACGAUCGAUUUUUGCAAGCCAUGGGGGCCUACAAUGAAGACAAGAUUCCUAUGCUGCUGCCUAGUGAUUGGGGACAAGGCAACAACUGCACGUUGUUCAUGUUCAACAAUGUGCCCAGUGGCAAAGCCGAUGAUCCUCAGUAUCGCAACCCCCGCCAAUCAGGCAAUACGCGAUUGAUCAUUGAUUUUGCCGCGGCUGUGGGUCAUAACGUCACCGUGAUGGUAUGGAGCGAGUAUGAAAAUAUGUAUGAGAUCAAUCAUAUGGGAGGUAUAAAGUACAACAUCAACGGCUGA